CCAUUAAUUUAUACUUUCUGGAGCAACAUGUUUCCUUCACAACCCAAAAACGAUCUGUUCUAUCUCCAACCAAAUCACAACCCGAUUCCGGAAGAUCUGAUCAUUCAUGAUGAUCAAGAUCUUCAUGGCCUUUGUUUUACCAACCAAAACGACAAGAACAAGGGCUCAGACGAAUCUAGACUCGUAUCUUUUAGCGGAGGCAACAAAAGCCGUGAAGAUUGCGAUCCCAAGAAGGCGAUGCAUCGAGACAUCGAACGGCGGAGGCGGAAAGAACUGAACACCCUUUACGCGUCUCUCAGAUCAUUACUCCCUCUCGAAUAUAUUAAGGGGAAGCGGGCGACAUCGGAUCAUAUAACUGGGGCUGUCAAUUACAUAAACCAUCUAGAAAGGAAGAUCAAUGAGAUGGAAAGAAGAAAAGAUGAAUUCAAGAGGGGUAAAUCUGUUCAUUUGGGUUCUCCUGGACCAGAAAGUUGGAGCUCAGGCGCCGAUUGUUCAGCGAGAGCUUUGAGUGUAAGGCCUUGUCUGGAUGGAGUGGAAAUAGUCAUCCUAGGUGCUAGCUCCAGAGACCAAGACCAUAAUUUUCCAUUAUCAAAGGUGUUUCAACUACUGCUGGAAGAAGGAAUUAGUGUAGCAAGUAGUGUUUCCACUAGAACUAGUGAAAUGAUAUUCAUCCACACCAUCCAGUCCGAGGUAUACUGUGAUAACUCUCAUGGAAAAAUUGUUGUAGAAAUAGGGUUCUAUGUGUUACCUUAGUUUUCGUGAAAAUAAUCUAAGUACAAAGAAUUUAUAGCCUUA